UUUCAUACUCCAGACUCCCGGCGUAGGUAGAAGAUGGCAGCCGAGGCGUGAUUCGAGACCGGGACCUUCACUCUCUGUGGGCGCGCGCGCGAGUAGGGGGUAUAUCCUUCGACGACGACGACGACGACGAGAGUACGGCCGGAUCGCGGAAGUAGUGCGCUAGCGUGGUGCAUUAUCGCGUGUCGUCUAGUGUACCAGCGCGGAUUCGCCAUGUUCUAGGAGGACCUCGUCGUUCUAUAUACCGUUCGGUGCCGGUUCGGUUCGGUCCGGUUCGGUUUGUCGUCCUCCCAUCGCCGCGAGCAUUCUUCUCUGCUCCUCGCCCUCACACACGCCUCUUUCUCUCGCUCUCCGUGUCUCCGACGAUCUCAUCCGCGUCUACAAUUACUUUUUCUCUCUCGUCCCGUCUCUCCGUUCCACCCCCAGUUCUCGUUCUGUCGUUACCCUCCGCUUCUCGGUUUCGUUCGACUCUUUCGGACCUCUCUCCUGUGUCUUUCGGUCGCGCCACUCCAUCCUCUGUCUACCAGUUCUCGCUUUUCGCUCGCUUCUACCGCUCCUACACCUACCGAACACCGCGCGUCAACCCAGUCGCAGUCAGUCGUGUACUCAUGAUCCGACCGGCGACCAGGUAGUAUCGCUGAUUAUGCGCGACAUGACCACCACCGCCAUCGUAGUGUUUUACGAGCGUCAUGUAAAAUGGAAUUAAACAAUGUUGUUAAGACGUAAACAUGUUUUGGCUACACUGUGGACUCUUGGUUCUCGUGAUUGCCGUACCUGGAUUUAUUAGCAACGCCGACAGCUCGUCCAAGCGAGAAGCCGACUACACUUUAGAUGAUUCCUUUUGGAACGAAGAGACUCCUGUUGGUGAAGUCGAACGUCUACUACGAGAGUAUCGACAGAACGAAGAGCUAGUAAAAAAUAUCGGGACUAAUUUCUAUCAGAUCAUCUAUCCGGUACAAUUACGGCAUCACGAGAAACUGGGGAUAUCCACGAGAGAAGUGAGCGUGUCCAAGUUUCCUCAAAGAGGAUACGGAGAGGGUGGAUAUCAGAACGGCAGAGGCAGAAUGAGAACGGGGAGACAUUUUCAUCGGACGUCCCUUUUGAUCAAGGCCUUUAAUCAUAAAUUUCGCCUAGAUUUAGAAUUAAAUACGCAACUUUUAGCUCCGAAUCUCAUGCAAAAAGACUUUUUAGCCAAAGGCGCGGAGCAACAUUUUAAGCAGGACAUAGAACACUGCUACUAUCACGGUACGGUGAAAGAUUAUCCAGGAGCUAGCGCUGCUUUUCACACGUGUAACGGUCUCAGCGGUGUCAUUCAUUUAGGCAACGAGACGUUCGUCAUUCAUCCAUUUUACGGCGGCGAUCUGUCGCAGAAACAUCCUCACGUUAUAUUUGAAGCUCGAACAAAGGCUAACAAAGGCUGCGCUAACUCGGGGAAUCUUGAGUGGCGUCUAAAGAACCGCCGGCAGAAGCAUGUUCUGGGGCUAUCGGAGACCACUUCCGAUCGAUACAAGAGAGACGUCCGUGAAUCAACCAAAUACAUCGAAACUGCCAUCAUUAUCGAUAAGGCUAUGUUCGAGAAGAGGAACGGUAGCACCAGAGCGGAGGUUGUUCACGAUGCCAUCCAAGUCGCCAAUAUCGCGGAUAUGUACUUCCGCACGUUAAGCACUAGAGUGUCCGUCAUAUACAUCGAAACCUGGCAGGGUAUGAACCAGGCUGACAUCAGCUCGGGCAUGGAGAUCGAGUAUGCCUUACAAAAGCUGAACGAUUACGUGAUGCGUAAGAUGUUUCACAUUUCCCACGACACCACCCAACUGCUCACGGGUCAAACGUUCUCGGGUGGAGAGUCCGGGAUGGCCGUGCCCGGUACCAUCUGUAAACAGAAAUCAGUAGGGAUCAGCGUCGAUUUGAAUCCUUACGAGCUUCAUCUGUUAGCCGGGACGAUGGCACACAUGAUCGGGCACAAUCUCGGCAUGAGCCACGACGACGGAAGGAGCGAGUGUAUCUGCCGGGAAUGGCACGGGUGUAUCAUGGCCCAAUCGAUCGUCGGAUUGGAGAACGUUCAACCGUACACGUUCUCCGAGUGCAGUAAAAACGAUUACAUCGAGGUGUUGAGAACCGGGAACGGUAACUGCCUCUUAAAUAAACCGAACGAAGUCGAGCUUAGACAAAAAUGCGGAAACAAGGUGAUCGACGAGGGAGAGCAAUGUGAUUGCGGUACGAUGGACGAAUGCCAGCAGUUGGAUCCGUGCUGCGACCCCAUCACCUGCAGGCUGACUAGGGAGGCUGAAUGUGCUACCGGGCCCUGCUGCAGCGACUGCAAGUUGGUGGCGCGAGGCGUGGAGUGCCGGGAGUCUUCGAACGAGUGCGAUCUGCCGGAAGUGUGCACCGGGGAGACGGGCCAGUGUCCGAUGGACGUUUACAAGAAGAACGGUAGCCCGUGCGCGAACAAUGCCGGCUACUGUUUCAACGGCGUUUGCCCGGCGUUAGACUUGCAGUGCGAGCAAAUAUGGGGAUACGGAGGGAUCGCCGCGGACAAGGAGUGCUUCGAACAGUUUAACUCGAAGGGUUCCCUGAACGGGCACUGCGGGACUGACUCCUCCGGCCACUACAUCAAAUGCGAGCGAGAGAACGUUCAUUGCGGAUCGCUGCAGUGUCAACGGGGUGCCAAGCAGCCGGCAGUCGAAGGGAUAGACCACUCGAGAACCAUAAUUUCGAUAAAGGGAAAGGAAUACGAGUGCAAACGUCUGUUGUUAAGGUCCACAGCUGGGAAGGUGGAGGGUUCAGAGCUACCGGGCAUGGGGCUGGUUCACGACGGAACCUCCUGCGGAAAUAACUCGAUUUGCGUGAACCAGACCUGCAUAAAUCGCUUUCCGCUGAUAGACAAGGAGAGGUGCCCGAGCAACCGCGACAACAACGAGUGCUCGGGGCACGGCGUAUGCACAAACAUGAACAAGUGCUAUUGCGAACUGGGCUGGAGCGGUCCGGACUGCUCGAUUCAGCAGGACAUCCCGACUCUCCCGCCGACGACGCCGAGAAGCGAGGCAGCCGAUAAAAAUGGUACUAAUCCUAAGAUGGUGAAGAAAGAGACCCCCUACGAGAACUACCACGGCUCUAACACUGUAUUUUUAGUUGGUGUGCUCAUGUCGGUGGUAGGGGGUGUUUUCAUAGUAUUUGCUCUGAUGGCUCUCUGCUACAGGUCAGUCGUAGUACAUAAAAACUACUCCCUCUGUCUCAGAAGGAAGAGCACCAUUCAGAAGUACGAGCAGCCGUACGUGAAGAAGCCGCCGCAGAGGAGUUAUAGCGGCGUGUCCAGUAACCACCACCCGGAGCACGCCGCCGUCCUCGACAACGUUAACACGAAGAUCCUCAACUUCAGACCCAUGCCUAAUUGCAGCCGCGGCGAGGCCCAGCGCGUGGUGUUUCGAGCCCCGAAUAACGUCGCCACCGCGGACGGGCCAAGAGUCAAGGAUCAUAAACCGCAGUUGAAGAGGCUCAGCGAGGAGGACGGCGGUACGGGAGUGGAGGAGGUCGUUUCCUUCAUCGACGUUCAGCCGAACAAUCUAGCAAAGUUACCCGAGAAGAAGGGAAUUUUAAAGAAACACGCCGAUUACGGUUUAGGACCAGUGGCGAACGUGGAGCGAACGCUUGGUCACCUAUCGGGUUACCACCACGACAUAAUCGCGGCUAUGAAGCAAGCGACGGCCCACCGGGAAUCGGCGGGUACCCCGUCGGCCAGUGGGAACGUAAUGGAAGAGGAGGACCGCGGGUAUCCUUCGGACCUGUAUUGCAAGGACAUGGCCGAGCCGAAGGAGAUCGAACAGCAAGAGGACGAGGAGUACGACGAAGAGUACCAGCAGUCCUGCGGUAUAAUUCGCAUCAGAAACCUCGAGGACCUGAUCAAACAGUUGGAACGUCACUCGGUGAGGAACCAGAGUCCCUGCGGUUCCGAGAGCGAGGCCGAUCGUCCCUACAGAAUGGACUCGUCCGUUUGUAGCGAGUCCUCGCAAGGAAGCAGAAGAUGUAGCCGCGGCCGUGACGAUACCUAUGGUAGAUAUUGUCAGCCAUCGUCACGGAGUCCUUACGGCACCCAUCAGCCCGCUCAACUCUCCCAUCAAAUGCACAAGGAGGAGGGUAUCUAUGCAACUGCCGAUCCUGACAGAGGCUCAAAUACUAGGGGUGAAACUCCCGAUAGUGGAAGUGAUGCAUUUAUUCAAGCUCAACAACAACUAGCCCGAUGGACUAGUGAGGACGGAGUGGAACACCGGGCACCGCAGCAGCAGCAGCAGCAGCCGCCGCCGCCACCGCCACCGCCACCGCCAGGGACGAUGGUGCCGUUGCUGCAACUGCAUAAACGCGAACAUCAUCAUCAGCCGCAGCAGCCGUAUCAUCAUUUCCACCAGUCACAGCAGCAGCAGCAGCAGCAGCAGCAGCCGCAGGAGCAAGAUCUACAAGAACAACACCAACUGCCGGUGGAACAACUGCCAAUACAGCAGCGCGGCUAUUAUCCAUCCCCACCCCACACUGAUAACGGUCUCGAGAGCGACGAGACUGAAAAUGCUCAAUCCCAUCAACAACAAAAUCUCCCCGACAUUCGUGGAAUCGAUGUUAAUCACUCGCCUAUUAUUAACAAAUGCCCAAUAGACGUUAACUUUAGUCUAGAUUGUAACAUAAAUAAUGGUUCCCCUAAAGAAUUAAAUACCAGCAACACUAGUGAUAACGAAAAUACUGCCCUACUGCCCCCUUCGCAUUUCCCCGAGUACAAGCAUUGAUAAUUAUUAAUCGAUGACAGAUAGUGUCCAGAAAACAUAGUGGUGUGAAUUAAUCUUGAACUCGCAUUUUAUACUGAAUAGUGUAAAUAACGAUAAACUAUUGAUCACGACAUCAAGAACAACAAAAAAUGGAGGAUAAACAAGUAUUAAAAUUAUAUGAAUUAAAAUAAUCUAUAUAAAAUGUUUAAUAAUAAACAUUAGUAAAACGAUUUACUCAAAAAGAAACGCGUCGCUGUGUUAUUCGUAUACAUAUGUAUAUCUACGUUCCCUGUUUGUUAUCAAUCUCAUUCGCCCUGACAUUACGAUAUCCAAAAGACUGAGCACGGAAUAAAUAUCCUAAUCAUUUAUACGGCCCCCUUGUCAAUUUCGAUAAUUAUCCUGUAUUCAUGUUAUCCGUGCACAUAUCCGAGAAAUAUGAAAGGUGCUCGAGAAUAUUGCGCAUUAAACAUGCCGAUCGGAAUUCAUCACUGUUAUAUCAUACUUUCCCUUCCCUUCCCCCAUUAAACAACUCGGUUAAUAAAAUACUUACUUUGUUCUUGUAAGAAAAUAUAAGUACUUGGUCACGUUCGUCCGAAACAUCGAGAACAAAAAACGUUCGAUGCUCAUUUUGUUACGAACACACGGAAAUUUAUCACGUCACACAUACGAAAAUUGGCAAGUGCCAACAAAAUUGUUACGUAUUUCUCCCCUUUCAACAAUGUUCGGUUAAAAUCGGUUAAUAAAUGCUUUAUUCUUACCA